GGGAGGUUGGGCUGCCAGAUUCAGCUGGAAAGGAACCAGUCCCAGUCCAGCCACAACCUGGGAGUGGGGAGCGGGAGGCGGCCCAGGCCUCCCGACCCUGCAGUCCUUGGGACGACGAGGGAGUCAGGGCACAGCCUGAGGCGAGGGCGGGAGACCCAGGAGAGAGCCCGACUUAGAGGGGGAAAGACAAGAGCAAGAGAGGCAGGAUCAGAGAGUCUGGCAACCAGAAAGGAGGCAGGCAAGGAAGAAGACAGCUGGGGAGAGACCCACAGAGAAGCAACAGGCAGAGAGAGACCCACAGCUAAGACACAGGUCCUGGAGGAAGAAGGCCGAAGAUAGACUGGCCCGCAGCGGAGGCUGACUGUGAGGACAGAGAGGGAGGUGCUAGGACAGAGACCAAAACGUGGCCUUUAUCAGGGAACAGAGAGGCCACUGCAGAGCGGUCCAGCUCCUGUCCUGGCCCCAAUUCCGGAGGUCAGCUGGCUCUGGGGAAGGUGGAGGGAGGGAGCAGUGGGCUCAGGGCUCAUGAAGGGAGACAAGCGCGAGGAGCAGGGGCCGGGCCCUGAACCUUCGGCUCCCCGGCAGCCCACAGAGGAGGAGGAGGCCCUGAUUGAGUUCCACCGCUCCUACCGAGAGCUCUUCCAGUUCUUCUGCAACAACACCACCAUCCAUGGCGCCAUCCGCCUGGUGUGCUCGCAGCACAACCGCAUGAAGACUGCCUUCUGGGCCGUGCUCUGGCUCUGCACCUUCGGCAUGAUGUACUGGCAGUUUGGCCUGCUGUUUGGAGAGUACUUCAGCUACCCCGUCAGCCUCAACAUCAAUCUCAACUCGGACAAGCUCGUCUUCCCCGCCGUUACCAUCUGCACUCUCAAUCCCUACAGGUACACGCAAAUUAAAGAGGAGCUGGAGGAGCUGGACCGCAUCACCGAGCAGACGCUCUUCGACCUGUACAAAUACAACUCCUCCCGAACCCUGCGGGCCCAUCUCCGAGGCCGUCGCGGCCUCCGAGAGUCCCUGCCUCACCCCCUGCAGCGCCUGGGGGUGCCGGCCCCGCCCCCCGCGGCUCGCAGGGCGCGCAGCGCCGCCUCUAGCGUGCGGGACAAUAACCCCCAGGUGAACAGGAAGGACUGGAAGAUCGGCUUCAAGCUGUGCAACCAGAACAAAACAGACUGCUUCUACCAGACAUACUCCUCGGGGGUGGAUGCGGUGAGAGAGUGGUACCGCUUCCACUACAUCAACAUUCUGUCCAGACUGCGGAACCCUUCCUCGUCCCUGGAGAAGGACGCACUGGGCAACUUCAUUUUUGCCUGCCGCUUCAACGAGGCCUCCUGCAAUCAGGCUAAUUACUCUCACUUCCACCACCCAAUGUAUGGGAACUGCUACACUUUCAACGACAAGAACAGCUCUAACCUCUGGAUGUCUUCCAUGCCUGGGAUCAACAAUGGUCUGUCCCUAUUGCUGCGCACAGAGCAGAAUGACUACAUCCCGCUGCUGUCCACAGUGACUGGGGCCAGGGUAAUGGUGCAUGGGCAGGAUGAGCCUGCCUUUAUGGACGACGGAGGCUUUAACCUGCGGCCUGGUGUAGAGACCUCCAUCAGCAUGAGGAAGGAAGCCCUGGACAGACUUGGGGGCAACUAUGGUGACUGCACUGUGAAUGGCAGCAACAUCCCAGUCAAGAACCUUUACCCUCCCAAGUACACGCAGCAGGUGUGCAUUCACUCCUGCUUCCAGGAGAACAUGGUCAAGGAGUGUGGCUGUGCCUACAUCUUCUACCCACAGCCCGAGGGCGUGGAGUACUGUGACUACAGGAAGCAUGACUCCUGGGGCUACUGCUAUUACAAGCUUCUGGACGCCUUCUCCUCAGACCGCCUGGGCUGCUUCACCAAGUGCCGGAAGCCAUGCAGUGUGACCAGCUACCAGCUCUCUGCCAGUUACUCACGCUGGCCCUCCGUGGCAUCCCAAGACUGGGUCUUCCAGAUGCUAUCCCUGCAGAACAAUUACACCAUCAACAACAAAAGAAAUGGAGUCGCCAAACUCAACAUCUUCUUCAGGGAGCUGAACUACAAAACCAGCUCCGAGUCCCCCUCUGUCACGAUGGUCGCCCUUCUGUCCAGCCUGGGGAGCCAGUGGAGCCUGUGGUUCGGCUCCUCCGUGCUGUCCGUGGUGGAGAUGGCAGAGCUCAUCGCUGACCUCCUAGGCAUCACGUUCCUCCUGCUGCUUCGGAGGUUCCGGAGCCGCUACUGGUCUCCAGGCCGAGGGGGCAGGGCUGUGCAGGAGGUGGCCUCCACUCCAGCCUCCUCCCUCCCCUCCCAUUCCUGCCUCCAGCCCGCAUCCCCCUUCUCAUCCCUGCCUGGCCCUGAUACCUCCCCGGCCUUGACAGCUCCUCCCCCUGCCUAUGCCACCCUGAGCCCAUGCCCAUCUCCAUCUGGCUCAGAGGGGGCCAGCUCCUCUGCCCGUACCCAGGGGAAGCCCUGAGGGGGAAGGAGGAGAAUAUCCACCCUCUCAAGGAAGGCAUUUCCCCUGGUGGGAAGGGACCAGCCCCAGCAGGCUUAAAGAAGGUCUGGGGCUUCCUCUCAGAGCUGCCCAGUGGCCUGUGUGUGGGGGCAGGAGGCAGGCUGGCUAAGGGGCUACAGAAACUGCCUGGAGAACAGGAGCCAAGGAAGCUUCCUGGACUUGCCCUGCUCCUGCCCUGUACCCCUACCCUCGAGGACGCUCUGGUUUCCUCACCCAAAUGCGGCCAGGCCUCCUUUCCCCUUGGAGCAGCCAAGCCAGACUUGGAGCAUUGACAAGGAACUUUCCCAGGAAACCCCUGGCGACCGGAAACAAACAAGGGCACGCACAGCUCUGAGCAGGCUUCUGACCCAGAGAUGGCUGAGCCAGCCUCAGAGUGGCCAGGCCACACUGCUUUCCAGUGACACAGACGUUUGCUUCGCUUCUUGAACUUGGGUGGGGAACCCCACCCAAAAGCCCCCUUUGUUAGUAAUUGGGCAAUUCCCCUUCCCUGACUCCCCAGGUCGGGGGCCAGAGCAGACCAAUGUAGUCAAGGUGGCCAUUCCUAGUUGGCUCUAGACCACUUCCAGCCUCGUCUACCCCAGGUCCCAGCAGAGCCACGCCCCACUGCCUCUGCCUUGUGUCCUUUGUAUCUCUGCAUAUUUGCUCAAGCUUUUUCCUCAGCCUUUGAAGCUUCCCUCCACAUUUGCUGGAGAACUCCUGUGCAUCCCUUAGAAUGCUGCUCAGACUCCCUUCUGUGAAGGCUUUUGCCCACCCUCCUCAGAACUGAUCCCUCCCCUCUCCUCUGGACUGCCAUAGCACACAGUAACAUCUGUUGGAGUGCUGCUGUUGCAUGAUACUUGUUCAUUUGUGUCUAGCCUCCCCUACUCCCUGAACUGAGCUGCUGUGGACAAGGACUGUGUCUUUCUCACUUGUGUAUCCUCAGGGUCUAGUCCAGUGUCCUGCUUGAAGCAAGUAGGCAGAACCUCAAAAUGUGUGUUUCAUAAGGAAUGUCUGGAGAGCUGGAUGGGCACCACAGUGGGGGUAGGGAGUGGAUGUCAGUCCCUGGGUCAUUGCCCAAGCUCUGGGGUGGGAGGUCCUGGGGGCAGGGGGGACCAGCUCCCAAGCCCCUGGCCUCACUGUGGAAGUGAUCAUCCUUCCAGGGCUUUAGGAGAGGCAGACCGUCCUGCUAUCUCCUCUGUGGUGUUGCUGAGCAUCUGCCACGUGCCUGUCACCAGGUCAGGAUGGGAGGGCGAACACAUGCACUGCCCCCCUCAGACCCACCAGGCAGGUCUCAGCUUGGGGUGACCUGCCCCUGUCCACUGCCUGAACUUCCUUUUGCGUCCCUAGUUCAGUCAGUGCUCCAUUCGCUGAGGAGCACGCCCCUCUCAGCUGCCACCUCCCCACUGACUGGUGGAGGAGGAGGGCCUGCAGCCUCCAGGCUUGUGUGUUCUCCUCCUGGCACCAGCACAGACAGCGGCAUUGGGAACCCUCCCAGCUUUUCAUAAAGGAAAAGGAGGGCUGCCUGAUGGGGACCCGGUGUUGGGACCCCGUGCCGUCGUCCACUUCAGCCUCAGACUGGAACCCAGAAGUUACCUUCCUCCUCAUCGUUGGGGAUACCUGCUGCCUUGGUCAUGGUCCCCUGAGUUACAGUCUCCUUGUGCUAAGGAGCCAAGUGAAUCAUGGGAAAGAGGAGGAUGACAGAACCAGAGGUAGCAAAGGUCCUUACUGGGAACUGAUGUGAUGGCUUCUGACUUCCUUUUCCUAGACACAGGCUGAUGAAGGGAAGACACUAGUGUCACAAGAGCCUCAUGUUCAGCCUGCCCUGGUCUGCUCUCUGCCUUGCCCCGCCCAUUCCCAGCUCCCUGUCCUCUGGGGGUUGGGCAGGACCUGCUGGGCAAAGCUGGAUCUGUUAAGGAUGACAGUGGUCAGCACCCCCAGCCCCUCUGAGUCUCUCCUGGGCCACUGUGCUUCCACCCUGAGGUGUUCCUGAGCCACACCUUACCCCUGGACCCUACAUUGUCUCCUUUUCCUUACCAAGGUUGGCAUGAGAUGACCUGCCAAGUUCAUAAUUCUUACAGAACCUGGGUCUCCCACUAUGACCCAGUCUGUCUCUCUGUGACUCAUGGAGCUGGAAUGGCAGGGCCUGGGCCAUAAUUGUGUCACCCUGAUGCCCUUUUGAUCCCUCUGUGCUGCUGUGGGGCGAGUGACAUGAUGAGGGGGGUCUCUGCUAAUUGAAGCCCUCCACCCUUCAUCCUUGGCUCCACAAUCCCUGCCGAAUCCGUCAUCCCGGCCUGCCCCUCCAGCUGCGUCCCUCCAGUCUCGCCCUGCCUUUCUCUCCCUCACCACUAUUUCUGCCCCUGGAGGGCUUACCAUCACCAUUGUCACCUCCUCCACGGCUCCAAUUAGCUUUUCACGUUCUUAGGCCCAGCCACCUCCCGCCAUCUUUGUUUGAACAGAAUUUUAUUGAACAAUUGGAUACCACCUUCCUCAAAAUGCUAAACUUAUUGAGUAAAUAAGCAUUUAUCCUGAACAAUGAAAGAAAUUCUUCUGUGCCACCUUGAGUGUAAUGGCUUUGGUAGUUGGCACAGAUAAUUAAAAAUUUCUUGUAACAGAAAAAAUAGAUUAAGUUAUUACAGGCAGACCUUGGAGAUACUGCCGUUUUCAGUUCAGACCGCCAUAAUAAAGCAAAUGUCACAAUCAAGUGAGCCAAAUGAAUUUUUUGGUUUCCCAAUGCAUAUAAAAGUUAUGUUUACGCUAUCCUAUAGUUUAUUAAGUGUGCAAUAACACUGUCUAGAAAAAAGUGUACAUACCUUAAUUAAAAAAUACUUUAUUGCUAAAAAAUGCUAACCAUCGUCUGACUUUUCAGUGAGCCGUAAUCACUGAUCACAGAUCCCCAUAAUAUAAUAAUGAAAAAGUUUGAAAUGUGAGAAUUACCAAAAUGUGUGUCAUAAAAUGAGUCACAAGAAA